CGCUACUCUACUCCUAGACUGUUGUACACUGAACCCAAGCUCACCUGUUCUUCCGCCGCACCUGUCUGGUACAAUUCCGCGAUCCGUUUGCCUGAUCAGAAAUCAUGAGGGGAGAGAUCUGCCACCUUCACAUCGGCCAGGCUGGUACCCAGCUCGGCAACAGUGCCUGGGAGCUGUACCUUCUGGAGCAUGGCCUGAAGGCCGAUGGACGCCCGGAUCCCGAGGCCAAGGAGCUUGCUGAAGGUGGCUCUUACGAGACCUUUUUCACUGAAACUGGCAACGGGAAGUACGUCCCGCGCUCGAUCUUUGUGGAUCUCGACCCCUCGCCAAUUGACGAGAUACGAACUGGAAGCUAUCGCCAGCUCUUCCAUCCCGAACUUCUGAUCAGUGGCAAGGAAGAUGCUGCCAACAACUAUGCUCGUGGUCACUACACUAUUGGAAAGGAGAUGGUUGACAGUGUCAUUGACAAGAUUCGACGUGUUGCUGACAACUGCUCGUCCCUUCAAGGUUUCUUGAUCUUCCACUCGUUUGGUGGCGGCACUGGAUCCGGAUUUGGCGCACUCCUUCUUGAGCGUCUUUCCACUGACUAUGGCAAGAAGUGCAAGCUUGAGUUUGCUGUCUACCCUGCGCCUCGCGUCUCCACCUCGGUCGUCGAGCCAUAUAACGCCGUCCUAUCGACCCACAGCACCAUUGAGAACUCCGACUGCACCUUCUUGGUUGACAACGAGGCUGUUUACGAUAUCUGCCGCCGCAGCCUCGAUAUCCCGCGCCCCAACUAUGAGCACCUCAACCGAUUAAUUGCGCAAGUCGUUAGCUCUAUUACCUCCAGUCUGCGCUUCGACGGUGCUCUCAACGUGGAUUUGAACGAGUUCCAGACUAAUUUGGUCCCAUACCCUCGUAUUCACUACCCGCUUAUCAGCUAUGCGCCAGUCAUCUCGGCCAAGAAGAGUUCCCAUGAGAGCUUCAAGGUCCAUGAUUUGACUUUCCAAUGCUUCGAGCCCAACAACCAGAUGGUUGUCUGCGACCCACGCAACGGAAAAUACAUGGCCGUCGCUCUUCUGUACCGUGGAGACAUUGUCCCUCGCGAUUGCACUGCCGCAGCUGGCGCUCUCAAGGCCAAGCAGUCCUUCAACUUGGUCGAAUGGUGUCCCACUGGAUUCAAGCUGGGCAUCAACUACACCAAACCCAUUAGCGUCCCAGGUAGCGAGCUCGCCUCGGUCGACCGCAGCGUCUCCAUGCUUAGCAACACCACGGCCAUCGCCGAAGCUUGGUCCCGCCUCGAUCACAAGUUCGACCUUAUGUACUCCAAGCGCGCAUUCGUCCACUGGUAUGUCGGCGAGGGCAUGGAGGAGGGCGAGUUCUCCGAAGCGCGUGAGGACCUGGCUGCGCUGGAAAAGGACUACGAAGAGGUUGCUAGCGACAGUCUGGAUGAUGGCGACGAGGGCGAGGCCGAGUAUUAGCCUACUCGGAACUGUGGGUGCUCCUCAUCGAGGCCAUGUGGUGGGAGUAGCUGUGUUGGUGCUCUUCUGCUUCAAAUUAUUCCUGCCGGAGUAGCGUCACCGAGGGAAACCGGGAUAGCCCGUGUAGGUAGGCUGAAAUGUACCCUUCUGCUCCUCUCAUUCAAGCAUUUUCGAGGGUGAUUUGGUGUUCUUGGAACUGGGGUGCUGGGUUAGCGUAGCGUUGUGG